AUGAAUGCAAAACUGCUAACGCCCCCGGAUGAGUGGGCGUCACCAAUGGUAGAACGAGAAAACAAUGAACAGGAGCUACUAGGAGCCGCUAGGAUGCUGACCGUCAAGUACAUGGAGAGCUACGAUCCAAGUCAUGAUCAACACCAUAUUGAUCGCGUUGUGAGAAUGGCAGAACGACUUGCGGGCCAAUUCAAUGUCAUAGAUAAUACGGUCACCGUGCUGGGUGCGAUGUUUCACGACAUUGUGGACCACAAAUACGUCAGUGGCCCCUUGGUCGCUGAGCGCAUUGACACAGUUACAAAGCUCAUGGCCGAUUAUGGUAUGAGCAACGACCGUAUUGCUACUGUAUUAAAAAUCAUUCGGAAUACUGGUUAUUCUAUUGAACGAAAGCUGAAAAACAGCGGCAACUGGACCGAAUGGCACGAAACUUGUCGUGAGUACCAUUGCGUCCAAGACGCCGAUCGCUUGGAUGCAAUUGGCGCCAUCGGGAUCUUUAGAGUAGGCGGAUACGCUUGCAUCAAAGGUGAACCGCUGAUCAGUCCAAAUGCAACGGUGAUUUCCGCUUAUUCCCACUUCUUCGACAAGUUGCUCGCUCUUCGCAAAACACUCAAAACCCCUUUGGGACAGAAAGUCGGCGAACGCCGUCAGCUCAUUAUGGAGCAGUUUGUUGCCGCUGCGCAAAGCGAGUACGAGCUCUGGGAUUUCCAAGAUAUCCCGCCGCAAGAAUGCGGUGUUAUGGGCGAAUUGGACUAG